AUGAUUAACUAUUUAUUUUUCUGUACUUUUAUCGUUGAAAUACAAUGUUUCUUUAACAUCGAAGCUUUAACGUCAAAAAACUUGGAGCGACUUCCGAUGUAUUUUUCGAUGGCAGUUAUGGACAUAGCUGUCGGGUUACCCACGACUAGCCUUACUAUUGUUAGGGGGAACACGACUGAUAUACGAUCGGAAGACGUUAUCGAAGUAAUGUGUCUUUUGAACGAAAAUAAUAUACAAGUAAUCAAUCUCGAUCUCAAGACGAAGGAGAGCAAAGAUAAAUAUUUCAGUUAUCUUAAGAACGGUCUUGAUACGUCAGAGGAAAGAACGAGUCUGAUACUUUGCGAACCAAUUGAAUGCGAAAACCUACUCUAUGAGAUAACACUCAACAACUAUAUACAUCGAUCCAUGCUUUAUAUCUUCUACUGGCCACGGGGAAACGUAAGCAAAAUAUUUCUCUCCAGUAUCAAGGAAGCUAUACGAGUAGCUGUGAUCACAAAUCCAAGGCCUGGCGUAUACCGACUGUACUACAACCAGGCAACACCAGAGCGGUUCAACCACUUAACCCUCGUCAACUGGUGGUCAGAUCGGCUCUACAAAUCCCCCGCAUUACCACCCGGAGAUACGGUCUAUCAGAACUUCAAGGGCAGAAUCUUCAAUGUACCCGUGUUACAUGCUCCUCCGUGGCAUUUUGUUAUAUAUAAGAACGAUUCGACAGUCAACGUGACCGGUGGUCGAGACGACAAAUUACUGUCUUUAUUGGCAAAGAAAUUAAACUUUAAAUAUAAGUACUACGAUCCUCCCGAAAGAAGCCAAGGAUCAAGAAUCGCUGGCAACGGAACAUUUAAAGGGACACUUGGCUUAAUAUGGAAACGAAAGGCAGAUUUCUUCAUUGGUGACGUAACAAUGACGUGGGAGAGAUUACAAGCGGUUGAAUUCUCGUUUCUAACUCUUGCCGAUUCUGGAGCCUUUUUAACUCACGCUCCAGAUAAAUUGAGUGAAACGCUAGCUAUUAUCCGACCUUUUAGGUGGGAGGUAUGGUCGUUCGUCGGCGUAACGCUACUAGCGAUGGGUCCGGCGCUAUGGGUUGUUAUCGCCGCCCCAACAUUAUGGCAACGCCGUAAGCGAGAUCAGCUGAGUCUCUUGAAUGAUUGCUGCUGGUUUACCACUUCAUUAUUCUUAAGACAACCAUCUACCAAAGAACCGUCUAAAAGACACAAAGUGCGUUUGGUGUCCAUCCUCAUAUCUCUGGGCGCGACCUACGUUAUUGGAGACAUGUAUUCCGCUAACCUGACUAGUCUUUUAGCGAGGCCUGCGAAAGAACAGCCCAUCGGUACUUUACAAGCUCUAGAAGAAGCUAUGAGGGAUAAGGGAUACGAACUAGUAGUGGAAGGGCACAGUUCCUCGUUGACUAUUUUACAAAAUGGGACAGGAGUAUAUGGUCGGCUCGCUAAGCUUAUGCGACGUCAACGCACACAGCGUGUCAAAAGUAUCGAGGUAGGGGUCCGCUUAGUGCUAACGAAACGGCGCGUUGCUAUACUGGGUGGUAGAGAAACUUUGUUCUACGAUACGGAGAGAUUUGGUUCUUACAAUUUCCAUUUAAGUGAAAAAUUGUACACAAGAUAUUCAGCUAUUGCUCUUCAAAUCGGCUGUCCUUAUUUGGAAUCCUUCAACAAAGUAAUAAUGACUCUAUUCGAAGCCGGUAUACUAGCAAAGAUGACGACCGAUGAAUAUAAGAACCUUCCAGAACAUUCCCGCAGGUCUGAACCGGUCACCGAAAGCGACAACGCCAAAGAGAGCAGUGAUUCCAUGGACAACAUACAAACGCCUCAGGUGCAAUCGGAAUCCAGGAUCGGUUUGGAACCCGUAUCCCUAAGAAUGUUGCGCGGAGCAUUUUGUCUGCUCAGCGUUGGUUACUUCUUAGCAGCUGUAGUUCUUAUAGCAGAAAUACAAUUACAUCGUAAGAAGAUGAAUCGAGACGCAAUAAAGCUAAUUCAGGAUGCACCAGUGAAUCCGAAGUCUCCUCGGAUUCGUGUGAAAGAAAACUUUGAAAGGAUAUUUAGAAAUAUGUACAUAAUUAUGGAUAGGGCUUUGAGACACGAUGCUAAGGAACAAAUUGAUGUUAAUGAGUUAGUUCACACUUAA